CUCUCUCUCUCUCUCUCUCUCUCUCGCACACACACACACAGUCACAUCCAGCAGGAUCACAGCAUCAAGCGCAGGACUUACUCAGGGCGGGACAUUGUAUGGGGAAUGUCUGAAGAUCUCCUGUAGUUGAUGAUCGCUGUGGUGGUCCAGGCCAGAGCCAUGAUCCACGCGUCGUGCUGUGUCCUGCUGAGCGUGUCGCUCGCGCUCACACUGUCCUGCUGCAUCCUGUCAGUGUGCGCUGAUUUCCCAGCAGUCUUUGGAGACGAGUCGUCAGGAUUUGGGCCUGUGUUUGAGGAGCAGCCCGUUGACACCAUUUACCCUGAAGAGUCUCCUGAGGACAAGAUCAUCGUGAGCUGCAGAACGAGAGCGAACCCCCCGGCCUCGUACAGUUGGAGGCUGAACAACACAGAAAUAAUUAUUGGAAAUGACGAUCACUACAGUCUGAUGGGAGGAAACCUAGUCAUCAGCUUCCCCGACAAGAGCAAGCAUGCUGGGAACUACUCGUGUCUGGCCAGCAAUGAAUUCGGGACACUUGUCAGUCAGAAAGCCUCUGUUCAGUUCGGAUACUUGGACAUGUUUUCCACGGAUGAGCGGGAGGCGGUCUAUGUGAAGGAGGGGCAGGGGGCGGUGCUUCUCUGUGAUCCGCCCCCACACUUCCCAGAGGAUCUGUCCUUCCGCUGGAUACUCAACGAGUUUCCGGAGUUCAUUCCUCUGGACAAGCGCCGCUUUGUGUCUCAGACCACCGGGAACCUCUACAUCUCCACCGUACGAGCGUCAGACAGUGGGAACUACUCCUGUUUCGUCUCCAGUCCAUCCAUCGCCAAGAGCGUCUUCAGCAAGUUCAUCCCACUGGUGCCCAUUGCUGAGCGUUCUCUGAGGAAAUAUCCCGCUGAUAUCAAAGUCAAAUCUCCAGACACGUACACGCUGCUGGGGCAGAACGUCACACUGGAGUGCUUCGCACUGGGAAACCCCAUCCCUCAGAUCCGAUGGAAGAAGGUGGAUGGCGAUCUGCCGGUCCAUCGUCACAACAUCAGUAUGGCAGGAAGUCUCCUCCACCUCUACGACAUCCAGUACGAGGACGAGGGUUUGUACGAUUGCGAAGCUGACAAUUCCAAAGACAAAGACAGACACAAAGUGCAUCUGUAUGUGGAAGGCGCUCCUGAAUGGGUGGAGAAGAUCAGCAGCUCAGAGAGAGACAUUGGAGGUGAUUACAUCAUGUCCUGUCUGGCCAGCGGGAAACCCAAACCCCACGUGCACUUCCUGAAGAACGGACGAAUGUAUGCCAAGAACCAUGAGUUGCAUUUCACAGACCUGACAUUUGAUGAUUCUGGGAUGUAUCAGUGUAUUGCUGAGAACCGUCAUGGCACGAUAUAUGCCAACGCCGAGCUCAGGGUCUUCGCCGGCGCUCCUUCGUUUGAGGGGAAUCCCGUGAAACCCAAACUUCUGGGGGCCAAAAACGGGCGUGUGGUGAUUGACUGCAAACCCAGAGCAGCACCGCGGCCAACCAUAUCCUGGAGCAAAGGAACCGAACUCCUCCACAACUCUAGCAGAAUUUUCAUACGGCCAGACGGGAGCUUAGAGCUUCUGAACAUCACUAAAUCAGAUGAAGGGAGAUACACAUGUUUCGCAGAAAACAACAGAGGCAGAGCAAACAGCUCCGGAUCGCUUUCAGUCACCGAUGCCACGAAGAUCACUCUGGCCCCGUCCAACACUGACGUCAGCGUGGGCAAGAGCACCAGGAUGGAGUGUGCCACGUCACAUGACCCCACCCUCGACCUCACCUUCAUCUGGUCCCUCAACACACACGUUAUCGACUUCGACAGAGACAGAGAACAUUACGAGCGCAAAAUGGAUGUUAAUCAGGAUGGUCAGACUGGGACGUCCAGCUCAGAGCUGUUGAUCAGUAACACCCAGCUGAAACACGCCGGACGUUACAGCUGUACAGCGCAGACACCGGUGGACAACGUCACGGUCUCCGCAGAGCUGGUGGUCAGAGGUCCUCCAGGUCCUCCCGGUGGUGUGCGUGUGGAUGAGGUGAUGGCCAGCAGCGUGAGGGUGACCUGGAGUCAUGGGACAGAUAACUUGAGUCCCAUCUCCAAAUACAACAUCCAGUACAGAGACGUGCGAGAGCAGCAGGACUGGAGAGAAGCCUCCACCUCUCCAGUGAAUGUGGAGGGAAAUGCAGAAAUGGCCUCCGUGAUCAAUCUGACGCCCUGGACUGAGUAUGAGUUCAGGGUCAUCGCUACCAACACGCUGGGCACUGGACCACCAAGUGACCCCUCGCCCAAAAUCACCACCAAAGAAGCCAGGCCUGUUGUGGCUCCGUCAGACAUCAGUGGAGGAGGAGGAACCAGUCGUGAGCUCACCAUCACAUGGACGCCGGUCCAGCCGCAGUACUACUAUGGCAGUAAUUUUGGCUACAUCAUUGCAUUCAAGCCUCAAAAUGACCCCGAGUGGAUGACGGUGACAUUGACCGAUCCUCAGGCCCAAAAGUACAUCCACAAAGACUCAAAAAUCCCGCCGUCCACCAGGUUUGAAGUGAAGAUGAAGGCCUUUAACAGUCAGGGCGAAGGGCCGUUCAGCGUCAGCGCAUUCAUCUACUCCGCUCAGGAUGUUCCUGCAGAAGCUCCCACCAUCAUCGAGGCGAGGACGCUGUCGGCCACAGAAGCAGUCGUGUCCUGGGUGCCUGUACAGCUGCAGACGGUAGAAGGAUACCAGGUCUGGUACUGGAGGGAGUCAGUGGAGAAUGAGGCAUCUGCGCAGCGUGUUUUGGUUUCCAGCCGAGAAAACCACACGCGUCUGGACAACAUGAAGCCCAACUCACAUUAUCUGAUCGAGGUGCGGGCCUAUAAUGGUGCCGGCUAUGGACCUGCCAGUCAGCGCCACAAAAUCUACACCAAGAAAGCACCUCCUAGUCGGCCUCCAAAAAUCAUCGGCACAAAGGUGAACUACAGCGGCACGGCGAUCAACAUUGCCUGGGAGCCGGUGGAGCCGCUGGCCAACGAGUCGACGGUGGAGGGAUAUAAGGUCCUGUACAGGCAGGAGGGGCAGCCCAGUGGCAUGCUGUACACCACAGUCAAGCAGUCCAUUGAUCUGCCCAUGAAGAAGGGUGAUUAUCUGGUGGAGGUGCGUGCACACAGCGAAGGAGGAGACGGAGCCGUCGCACAAGUGCGCAUCGCAGGUGCAGCCAUUCUGGCGUCUCCAUGUCUUGGAUUCUUCUGGCUUCUCCUCACUGUUUUGUUGAGUUUGAUUCUCUGAAUGUAGUUUCAUCCUGAUUCAAUGAAGCUGAACUCUCACAGGAUGAAACCCACCAAUAUUCAGAGUCCACACGGCUCUGGAGAACAGAAGACUGGAGAUUCAGGACAGAGCGUGUGUUUAGUGUCUGAACGGUUCAAUAUGCCUUACAACAUCUGAUCUCUUAAUGAGCGCUGAUUGGCUGAUAGACAGAGUGGAUACAGGAAGUGCUGCUGUAAGACUUCCUGUGUAUUUUGGCGACAGAUCAGCGUCUCACGUUUUCUUUAUGUCAUUGUCAGAUCAGUGGCUUUCUCUUAUUUCUGUGGAUGGAUACAGUCAAAGCAAACCAACAAUUCACAUUCAACUCCAUUCAGCAUCCAUUAAAUUUAAGAGGAUUAUUAUAUAUGAAAUAAUUUGUAAGAUAUUCAUCUAUUCAAGAUUUUUAGAUUUAGAUUUUUUAAAAUUAGUAUAUAGUUUUAAAAUCUGUCUUGGGGUCAGGUGAGGAACAUCAGCAGCUGAAUGAAAAUGGAUGUUUGUGUUUGAGUUUGUGUUCGUUCAGUCUCCUAAAUGUUAUGAAAUAUGAUCAGCUGAUGUAGACGAACUAAUACUGCAAAUGCAUUUGUGCUUUAAUGUGAUUUCACACUCAACACCUCCUAGUGAACACCAGUGCUGGGUAUUAACUGAUUCCAUCUAAUUAGAUUCCAAAAAUGCAGUACUUGAAAUCAAAUUAUAUUCCAUUGUAAAAUGCUCGUAAUCAGAUUACAGUAAAAAAAAUUAUGGAUUACAUUAUUACAAAUUAUUCACCCAGUGGCAUUAAAUUAUUUUUAGUUUAGUUAUUAUCAUGUAUGGGAUGAAUAAUUACACAAGUUACUAAACACUGCCAAUGUACAGCUGACAGAAAUAUUUCAAGCCUGGAAGACUUUGUCCUUGUCAUUGCUGUUUUUAACCUCUCUGAUCUAUAUAUUUACUUAAAGUCACCCUGAGAUUUACAGUUAAUAUGUCAAAUAAUUGAACAAUAUAUUUGCAUGUUCUCUGUGGUUGGUUAAUGGUCAUAUAUUUGAUUAAUUUUUCCCAUUUAAAUUUAAUCUGAAAUUAAUGCAAAAUUAGUCUGAAUACAGAACCUGAAAUGAGUAAUUAAGAGAACAUUCCUGACUAGAGUUUUCAUCAUGUAAUUUGUAAUCAAUAACAGACUAGAACUUGUAAGCAAUCUAGCAAGCACUGGUGAACACAGAUUCAUUGAGUUAUAAUGAAUCAGAUUCAGUUUCAUAAAUAUUAAUUAGGUUCAUUAAUAGCCGCAUAACAAAUGCAGAAUCACGAUCGCACUGAUUCUUGAGCACAAAACCGUGUUUGUUUUGACUGUAUCAUUCAGAUCUGUCUGUGGCAGGUGAAUUGUGAUGAAUGUCAUUUAACAUGGUUUCAUUUUCAUAAUAACAUUUGUUACAGUCCUAACUUUAAAUGAUGAUUGAACAUUUUAGUCUGUUUAUCUUCAGUUUCAUCUGGUGCAAAAAUAAUUUCUGUCAGUUUCGUACUGGAGUGUUUGAUCAAAUAUACAAGUUUACAAAUCUGUUAACUCACGCGUCUGUAUAUCAUGUUCUCCUUUAUGAACAGAUAAUACGAUUUGCCAUUCAUCUGUUGAUCUGUAUAUUUUGUUUUAUUGAUCAGGAUUUGAAGGUUUGACUCGUAUUUGAGAAACCCCGUCUUAGGAUCAGAUUGUUUGUAAUGAAGCAGAGCAGUGAAUUCAUGUGAUUUCAUGUGUUUGAGCUGAAGUUUCUCCUCAUUUAAACCUCCACUAAGUGCUUUUGCUCCUGAUGUUCGUCUGCGUGACAGAGUUUUGCCAAAUGCAUGGAUGCCUUGAGCUUUAGCGGCCUGCAGUUAUUCAGAGGCCAGAUGCAUGAUGGGAUUGAAUGGACUGAUCGUCAUACUCAGUGGUUCAGUUCAAUGACAGGUCAGACUCUUUAACUACAUUGUGUAGAUAAAGACUAACCUGUUAGUUAUUAUCCACUUCAUUCAACUCAUUCAAGUCUUCAAUUAAACUUUAUAGAGACCAAA